UCGGAAGUGGGCCCUCUUCUCCUCUCUAUCCUUCCACCUUCCUUCGACUUCCCCAAUUAGCUCUCCCACUUCUUUAAUGUUCAUUUCUAUAUAAUCCUUCUUUCACUUCUCUUUAUAAUCUUAAUCUCUAAAUCUUAAACUGAAAUUAUCGAUACAAUAUUUUUACUUAUGGCAGUUGUCAGACAGCGUAGACAGUUGAAUCUUCGGCUCCCUUUACCAGAAUCCGACCGUUGCCCACGUUUCCCCUUACCUCUCCCUCCCGGAGUAGCCACCGCCUCUGCCGGUAACUCCUCUGCUGCGGCAGCCGCCAUAACCUGCACAGAUUUGGACAAACUCCAUGUCCUGGGCCACGGAAACGGUGGAACUGUUUACAAAGUUCGUCAUAAACGGACUGACAAGAUAUAUGCUUUGAAAGUCGUCCAUGGAGAGAGCGACUCCACCCUCCGCCGCCAAGUAUUCCGCGAAAUGGAAAUCCUCCGCCGUACCGACUCUCCUUGCAUCGUCCAGUGCUACGGCGUGUUCGAAAAACCGUCCGGAGAUAUCGCCAUGGUGAUGGAGUAUAUGGACGCCGGCACUCUCGAAACGUUGCUGCAAAAGAACGGGACGUUCUCCGAACAAGAACUCGCCAACAUCGCCGCCCAAAUUUUGAAGGGGUUGAGUUAUUUGCACGCGCAUAAGAUCAUUCAUCGCGAUAUCAAGCCGUCGAAUCUUCUGGUGAACAGCAAUAUGCAAGUGAAAAUCUCAGACUUCGGUGUCAGUAAAAUCAUGUGCCGGAGCUUGGACGCCUGCAAUUCUUACGUGGGCACUUGCGCGUACAUGAGUCCGGAGCGGUUUGAUCCCGAAACUUACGGCGGAAACUACAAUGGCUACGCCGGCGAUAUCUGGAGCUUGGGGCUGACUUUGCUGGAGCUUUAUUUGGGUCAUUUUCCGUUUCUGCAACCCGGUCAACGGCCUGAUUGGGCGACCCUUAUGUGCGCGAUCUGCUUUGGGGAUCCGCCGAGUUUACCCGACGGAGUGUCCGAGGAGUUUCGGAGCUUCAUUGAGUGCUGCUUGCAGAAGGAGUCCAGUACGAGAUGGACGGCUUCACAGCUGUUGAAUCACCCCUUUCUGGCCAAGGAUCCGAGAUCCGACUGAGUAAUGGAUAUAGGUUUAACCCACAUACCCGUGUAAUUUUAGAACGGGGUUUGAGUUUUGUAGACAGUAAACGAAUUCGGUUUCGUUUUUUUUUUUUUUUUAAUUUUAAUUUUCUAUAAUUUGUACAUCCUUACUUCUUUUAUAUAAAUUUAAUUUCUUUAUUUUA